CCCUGUCCAAACGUCCCUUUUCUUGAAGUUUCUCUGGCAAAUUUUCCAAUUCAACAAAAGACAUUUUUCAACGCCAAGACCAACCCCCCACAGCCCAAAGUCUUCUUCUUGAUCUUGCUGUUCAUCGUACUUUUGCUUCGCAUGUUCCUCUGAUCUCUCCUGCAGCAUCAUGUCCUCGGCCGCCUUGUCCAACGGCUACGCCGCCCCCGAAAUGGCGGUGCUGUGCCGCUAUGCCGCCCUGUACGGUGAAGUUCAGCAAAGCCGCCUCCAUCGCUCCCUCCCGCUCCCUUCCGUCCUCGGGACAUCCUUCCAUGUCGUCGAUGGACCUCCGAGUUCCGCCGCCGGAGACCCGGACGAGAUAGCAAAACUUUUCCCUAAUCUAUUCGGGCAGCCAUCGGCGAAGCUUGUGCCAUCCGCUUCAUCAGCUUGUGCAACAAAGGAUCAAAAAGCCUUGAAGAUUGGAGUGGUUCUCUCCGGAGGACAGGCUCCGGGUGGACACAAUGUGAUUUCUGGGAUUUUCGAUUACUUGCAGGAGCGCGCUAGUGGAAGUGCAUUGUAUGGAUUCCGAGGCGGUCCAGCGGGGAUCAUGAAGUGCAAAUAUGUUGAGUUGUCGAGUGAAUUUAUUCAUCCUUACAGAAACCAGGGAGGCUUUGACAUGCUUCGUAGCGGUAGAGACAAGAUUGAGACUCCGGAGCAGUUUAAGCAAGCCGAAGAAACGGUGAAGAAGCUCGAUUUGGAUGGACUUGUGGUCAUUGGAGGGGACGAUUCCAACACAAACGCGUGCCUUCUUGCCGAGAACUUCAGAGCUAAAAACAUGAAAACAAGGGUUAUCGGAUGCCCAAAGACCAUAGAUGGUGAUCUGAAAUGCAAGGAGGUUCCCAUAAGUUUUGGCUUUGACACAGCAUGCAAGAUAUAUGCAGAGCUUAUUGGGAACGUGAUGGUAGAUUGUCGCUCGAGCGGGAAAUACUACCACUUUGUGAGGUUAAUGGGCCGUGCGGCGUCUCACAUUACGUUGGAGUGUGCUUUGCAGACUCAUCCAAACAUCACCAUUGUCGGGGAAGAGGUGGCUGCCAAGAAGCUAACACUGAAGAACGUCACGGAUUAUAUUACCGAUAUAAUCUGCAAACGCUCUGAGAUUGGUUACAACUAUGGAGUCAUACUUAUACCAGAAGGCCUGAUAGAUUUUGUUCCUGAAGUUCAACAUCUUAUUUCAGAGCUUAAUGAGAUACUAGCGCAUGAUGUAGUCGAUGAAGCGGGGAUGUGGAAAAAGAAACUCCAAAGCCAAUCUAAGGAACUUUUCGAGUUUUUACCCCAGGAAAUUCAGAAACAAUUGCUGCUAGAAAGAGAUCCACAUGGAAAUGUUCAGGUUGCCAAAAUAGAAACAGAAAGGAUGCUGAUUGAGAUGGUGGAAACUGAACUAGAGAAGAGGAGAAAGGAAGGUUCUUAUGGCGGGAAAUUCAUCGGGCGGUCCCACUUUUUCGGCUACGAGGGAAGAUGCGGUUUACCGACUGAUUUCGAUGCCAACUACUGUUAUGCUCUCGGCCAUGCUGCCGGAGCCCUCCUGCAUUCAGGGAAGACGGGAUUGAUAUGCUCGGUUGGCAACUUGAGCGCUUCAGUCGAUGAGUGGACUGUUGGCGGAACGGCAUUGACCUCUCUAAUGGUCGUAGAGCGAAGACACGGGAAGUUCAAGCCUGUCAUUAAGAAGGCAUUGGUGGAGCUUGAAGGCGCGCCAUUUAAGAAAUUCGCAUCCAUGCGUGAUGGGUGGGCCUUGAAAAACCGAUAUGUCAAUCCAGGUCCUAUCCAAUUUGUUGGACCAACAGCAAAAGCUGUGAACCACACAUUGAUGCUGGAGCUUGGAGUGGAGAACUAGGAGGGUUCACUGAUUUUUGGCUAACAUGGACUGACUUCAGCGGCUUAAGUAAAUAACCGAUCAUGAGGAAGCAAGCCUACCCAGUUCAUACCACUUCAUAUGAAAGCUCUACUGAUGGAGAAAAGCCAGAGGAAUUGUUUUUGAGUGACAUUAAACUCCUGCACAUUACUCCAUUUCUUAUGUAAAGCGUUCAAUCUAAACCGACAUAGGUGAUGUCCG